UUUCGUUGGCGUCCAUAUCGGAUUGUUUAUCCGGUGAUGUUCCCUUGAACCGGGAGCAACUCAACUGGCCACAGCAACUAAAACUGGGAUUGGGAAAAUGAACGAUCUGUGAAGGUAUUUUUUUGGGGAAAAACGUACCGUUGGAUUACUUGUUAAAUAAUAAUUAUUCAUCAUGAAGGUGGGCUUUGCACUCGUUCUCCUCUGGUCUCUCCCAAUAACCAAUGUGCUUGCAGAGCUGCCUCAACCUCAGAACCUGACUCUGCUCACCCUGAACACACAGUAUGUACUGACGUGGGACUGGGACCAGACGACCACAGGCAACUCUGUUAGCUUCACUGUAGAGUACAUGGCGAAGUACAAGAUGAAAAUGAAGAAGAAGAACUGGAGCCGUGUGUGUGAAAGGACCACACGCACCCGCUGUGACCUCACAGGUUCUGAUCUGCACUACCUGGGAAUGUACGUUCUCAGAGUCCGAGCCAGCGCAGACGGAGUCAACUCGGACUGGGUCAACAAAGACUUCUGCCCUGAUAUCGAUGCUUCGUUGGGCCCACCGUCCAGGGUGGAGCUGGCUCCUGUGGGGAACCUGCUGGAUGUGACCAUCUCUGACCCCCUGACCAGCACCCAGCACUCCAUGAAGGAACACGUCCUUUUCCUGUACUACCGCAUCCUGUACUGGAGCCGCUCUGAUGACCCUCAGGGUCUGAAGCCUAAAGUGUUGGACUCUAGCAACAACCUGGUGACGCUGCCUGAGUUGGAGGCCUGGACGUGGUACUGUGUCAUGAUCCAGUCUCGCUACGACUACUACAACAAGACUAGCAGCUACACAGAACCCCAGUGCAUGCAGACGGAGGGUGACACCCCGUACGGGCAGAUCUUCCUGUACUUCCUGGUCUCCAUGAUGGUGUGUUUCCUGCUCGUGUUGCUUUCCUCCUACGCCUUCUUCAGGUUCUACAGAGGCCUCAAAAACACCUUUUACCCCUCUAUCCAGCUGCCUGCACACAUCCAGGAGUACCUCUGUGACUUCUCCCCCGGCUCCGACAUGCCCCGCCUCCUCACUGCUGAUUCAGAGGCGGAGCUGUGCUGUGAUAAGCUGACCAUCUGUCCUGAGGUGGUGCUACUGGAGAUACACGUCCCUCCUCCCCUCACAGCGCCCCCCUCAGAGCUGGAGCAGGACAGCGGCAGGCACAUCCGCCAGGACAGCGGAGACUCUGGAAUCUACUCCACAGAGGGAGGCUCCGCCCAGCAGGGUCGUAGUGGUGGGGAGCCAAUCAGGAGAGACCAGGAAGUGGACUCCUGGCAGACACUGGAGCAGGUCAAGAUGGAGGAGAUGGGGAGAGAGUUGGCUGACGAAAGAGAUCUGGACGAGGGGGUUGUGGAUGUUUGCGUCUGAGGAGAAAUGGAGAGAGGAGAGCUGGGUGGAAAGCAUCAAUGAUGGUUGGCGAUUUGUAACGAGGAAAUGAGAACGGUUGCACAGAAUGUUCUCAAGUCUCCGUCUUGCUGCUUUUCCUCAAAGGACACUGAAGACGAUGACGUCUCUGAGCCAAAGACGCAUCGUCACCUGUCCUGCCUACAUUAAAGGAAACAUCUACUCCAAAACUAUCUCAUGAUAUUGUUUCAUUAAGUGCACUGUUGACACAGUCCCAAAAUGUUUUGCAUGUCAACAGAUACGUUUUCAAAAUAGUGGACGUUCAAGAAGCAAAGUGUCACGUGAUGUAAAAUGCAUCAUUGGAGCCAAGUGCUUCUUGAAAGUCCAAUAUUUUGAAAACGUAUCUGUUGACAUGCAAAACAUUUUGGGACUGUGUCAACAGUGGACUUAAUGAAUCCCAUGUUGCUGUGUUUUUUUUUUCAAGGGUAUAGAAACAAGCUUUAAAAUGUCAGAUUUAGUAUGAGGGUGGGGGCCCAUUUGACUUCAAGAUUUCUAAAAGACCCCGGUCCAUCUUGCUUUUCUAUGGCCGGUGUAAUGACUGACAUGUUUUAGUGUAGUUUGGAACACGUUUAUCUCAUCUCAAGACUCGGCUGGUCACAGCCAAGGGCGUACUUUCUGUUCCCAGUGAAUUCUGACACUGUCGCUCCAUUUUAGCGUCCUGUGAAGUGUGUGAAUCCAGGGGGAAACAGGGUAGCUCAUUGUGUUUAAACGACAGGGUAUCAGUUUCAACAAUUUCAAUCCCAAAAAAUCAACCUAUUUUUCCAGUCAAGAUAUUUUCUUGAAAAGGAAUGGUUCUGGUUAAUUCAUCUUCAAAACGAAUCCUGUCGUGUGUUUGUGUGUGUGUGUGUGUGCCUUGGAUAGAUAAGACAGUACAUUGGCAGCAGUGCAUUUCGUGUGUGGGCGUGUGUUGUCAGUGUAAGUACUGAAUGUCUGAGAGUCCUGUGUGUGUGCGUGCUUAGUAUAGAUGAUAGACAGUACAUUGGCAGUAGCGUAUUUGGUGUGUGUUGUUAGUGUAAGUACUGAAUGUCCUGUGUGUACAUAGUCAAUGCAUGUAGUCCGGGUAGCCAUUUGAAGAGCUAUUUCGCAGUCUUAAGGCUUGGUUAUAGAAGCUGUUCAGGGUCGUGUUGGUUUCAGACGUGGUGCACUGUGGUUGCUCGAGUCUUUCACAACGUUUGGGGCCUUCCUCUUGACACCGCCUGGUAUAGUGGUCCUGGAUAGCAGGGAGCUCUGCCCGGGUGAUGGACUGGGCCGUAAUCCGUGGUGGUUUGCCCUGCCACAUCUGAGUGCCUGUUGUUUUUUUUAUUUUUUAUU